UAUUGAUGGUACCUGUGCAAUCAUCAAAACCUUGUUAGCAUAGAGAAGCAAGGCAUAUGUAAUUAUUGAUGUUUGAGUAGGACCGGUUUCAUAGCAAUUGACAUGGUGUAUACAUACAAAGUUGGUCACGGUAUGAUGUAUAUCCUUGUUCACUCAAGAUCACAAGGAUGAAUUUAUACCCAGUUCAAGCAUCAACUCAUGCAUACCAUAUGAAGCUUGGAGUCAGAUAGGUAGAAUAUGUCUGUGUUUAUUCCUAGUUUUUCAUCUUUUGACAUACCAGACAAUGGCUGUUUGACAGAAUGUAAAACAAACACCACAGCAUAUUAUCCUGAACGGGAGAUGGAAAACUCAUUCUGUGACUCGGAAUAUUCAAUACAGAAAUUAAUAAUGGAUCUAUGGUGAACGCCUUCAAUCGAAAACUGAGUGAUCGCUUGUGUCUUGUCUGUAAGUUUUAUGGAAUUCAGCAAUGGCCAGAAGGACAUAAAAAUGCGGAGAGGACUCAGAUUCGCCGUCACCCUGUGUGGUCAGAGUGCUUAAAUCUUAUUUUUUAAUGAGUACUGGCAUCUUUAUGAGGGAAAAUAUGCAGGAAUCCUUUAUGAAUGUAUGAAAAUGGCCAGGGAGAUUGUUUUAUCUCGUCACACAAAAACAUCAAAUGAGGUUCGUGGGACAUUAGCAGGUAGAUAAAGGAUGGGACAUACUAUCACCGUGGCAACCAGCAACAAAUCUGAUAACGACACCGGUAUUGUGAUAUUCUCUGUUGAACAAAAACCAGUGAACUGUAUAGAGCUAUGUGAUAAUGUUCCUCAAACGUUUACCUGAUUUGUUACACCUUGAUAUAGAAAAUUAACACGAAACGUGUAAAUCAACUGUUCUCCAGCAGAGAAGAUAUUCAAGCCAUAAUGUUGCAUGAUUUUGAUUGGCUGUUUGUCUGGUGUUGGGAUCUAAUAGAAAAUUAUGGACAAAAUCUUCAUAUAAAUAGUCUCUGGUCCACUGUGACUUUCGAGUGAAACUGUAAUAAAUGUAUAUACAACGUUAUGACCAUGUCGACGGCAAAAGUAUCACCAGAGAUUCAAAUUACUGAGAUAUCAGACGAGGAAACAGAAAAAUUAGAAUCUUUGGACCUGAUCGAUAGUGAUAGUUCCUCUCUACAUUCGGCCAUCAUCAAUAAUGACCUUGAGGAGGUCAUGUUCUUCAUCAACAAUGGAGGCAAUAUACACGAAAAAGUUAAAGGUAAUUUCUCUGUAAAUGCUGAUGGUGGUGGUGGUGGUAGUGGUGGUGGAAAGCGCAAAUCAAAUGAAAUUAAUUAUGCUGAGAUGGAUUAUUAUGGAGAAUUUCCAUUAGCUUUCGCCACAUCUUAUGCCACCGAGGAGAUCUAUGAUUUUCUGAUUGACCAUGGUGCUGAUCCGGAUCUCCAAGAUUCCUACGGAAAUACCGUUCUCCAUGUCGCAGUUGUUGCUGAUCAAAUUGAAAUGUUUAAAUACUGUGUGCGUCAUCCGAAAAAACCUGCAAACACAGUUUCAAAAAACAAGGCGAAUUUGACACCCCUUUCUCUUGCGUGCAAGCUUGGACGCCACGCCUUGUUCAAAGUGAUGUUGGAAAUGGGUAGUCUGGAGUUCUGGAGAUACAGCAAUACCACUUGCUCUGCGUAUCCUCUGCUUGCUCUUGAUUCUAUUGGUCCUAGUGGCAACACAAACAUGUAUUCAGCACUCAUUCUCAUCAUAAACGGUGAGACGGACGACCAUCUUGAAUUGCUUGAGGGGGGAGUAAUGAGACAACUCCUUGAUGAAAAAUGGGAGCGUUAUGCCAAAAAAUGGUUCUUCCAGCGCCUUGUUAUGGCUUUUAUUCACCUCAUUUUAGUUAGCGUUGCAGUAUACACACGCCCCGAGGAAGGAUUAUUGAAAACACGGGGCGUGAUAGACAUCAUACGAUUUGUAAGUGAAAUACUUGUGUGUAUCGGCUGCGUUCUUAUUCUGAUUAUAGACAUCGGCGAAGUAGCCUCACAAGGAUUUUGGGCAUUUUUAAAGAACACGAGACAUGCACCGGCACAAACUACAUUUCUAUUCGCUUGUCUUCUCAUCAUGUUGUGCAUCCCACUACGUUUUACUGGGUACGAGACAGCAGAAAGUAUACUUCUGAUUAUCGCGGUUCCUGGUUCGUGGUUUUAUCUGCUGUUCUUUGCCAAAGGUUACCCACUCACAGGGCCAAUGAUAGUUAUGACAUACCAGAUGCUUGCCACCGACAUGGUAAAAUUUGGAAGCAUGUAUGGAAUUUUUCUCCUACUUUUCUCCCAAGUGUUUUAUUUCCUGUUUCAGGGUUCGGUUGAUAUCAGUGCCGCAGACAAUAUAUGGGAAACGUCCAUGACACUGUUUCAGAUGACUUUAGGUGAGUUUAAGUACGAAGAGUUUGAGAGAACAAAAUAUCCUCCAUUGAUCAAAAUUGUUUUUGUUUUCUUCAUGAUCCUUGUACCAAUACUUCUCCUAAAUGUACUCAUCGCCAUGAUGGGAAACACUUAUCAACAGGUCGUCUCCAAGUCUGCAAAAGAAUGGCGACGUCAGUGGGCCAAAAUUGUUGUCGUACUGGAAAAAGGAUUUACAAAAAAAAAUUUGCUUAGAUUCCAGAUGGAAUAUUCAGUGAAAAUUUCAGGGCAACCCCGCGUUGUUUUAGCGGAUCUUUCCAAAAAAGACGGUGCCGUUGAACAGAGGGCAUUAGUGGUCAUCAAACAACAGAAUCGAACGGUUGCUAGGAAACGAAAAGCAGCCAUCAGUUUCUGGAGACGAGCCAAUAAGCUCAUCGUGGACCAAAUACGGCAGCAAAAGAAAAAUGGUGUUUCCGGACAACUCAAUGUGAAACCAUCUAUUUCACGUCGUGUGUCAAUGCUUUCCGACGAUGAAGAUAAGGGAUUCACGAAUAUGCUUGAAAGACUGGCAUGGGAGAAAGACAUUGACCUCACAAAGGGUAAGGCCUUCAUGACCAAUCCAGAUGGAAUCGAAGGAAUCAACUAAGACAAAUGACUGAACGGUGUCUCCAAAUGUAUAAAUAUUUAAACUGUAUUAGUUUCCAGUAUAUCGUUAAUGUAAUGGUAAGCUGAAAUAUAUAAGCACGUACUAGAAAAUAGAUUAUCAGAUUCCGUCUGUGAUAUAGUGGAAGUGUGACAAGAAAAUUUUGAUCUCUUAAAAAAUACAGAUGUACCGGUAAAUGUUCUUAAAACCAGUCUCUUAAAUUUUCAUGUAUACAGAAUUGACAAAAUUUCAUUAUGUUCCAGCGUAUGUUUUCAAAAUGAAAAUACCUGUAUAUUUUCACACAGAAACAUCUGUACUAUUGUAAAUUUCUUAUAUGAUAAUAGGUAAAAUUGUCAAAGGAAAAUUUUGACUUUUUUUGCGAUUUAAAUGUUCCAAAUUUAUCAAAAUGUUGAAGCAGAAUAAUGUAUAAUUACAAAAUGGACCAUGAUUUUCUUGAUUAGCAUAUUUAUCCUCAGAGAAGCCCCCAUUCAUAUUGUAAAAGUUUCGUACAGGUUUUAAAAUUUGGCGAGGGAUUAUUAAAAUUUUGUGAACCAUUUUAGCUGCAGUUAUUGUACUAAAUGUAUUUUGAAAUUGGUGACUCUGCUAAAAUGAAGCAGAGGUCUUAUUUGUGGGUAUGGGUAAAUUUUUUCAUGAUUUGAUAUCCGAUCUUGAAAAAUUAAGCCCCUUACAAAAUACCAUCCUUAACACAAAUGAUGAACUUGCUUUCAGGAGAUGUACGGCUAUUGACAUCUAAUCAUUACAGGCUCUUAAUUACAAUAUAAAUCAUUCUACAUCUAACACUACACAUUUACUCUGAGAGUAUAGAUCCAUUUGCUGUUGUCUGUUUGAAUAAUUCAGUGAAAUUGUGUCGCGAACUGGUACGGCUAAACGACAAAUUAAUGUUCCUAUAGAAAGUUUGUUGGGACAACCGAUGUUUUCUGUGGAUGAAUUUCCCCGAUGACUGUUAACAAGUAGAUAAUAGAUAUUUUAGAAGGUAGUGCAGAUUUUUAACAUCAUUUAGGGCAGUUUGAGUGCAUUUCCUUGCUAAUUACAUACAUAUUUUCGUUAAAACUACCGAACAUCAUAUUUUGUGCAGUGUUAGUUUAAGCAACACAAAUUUUAGCCAUGUUAUGUUGAAAAGUAAAAUUGUUUUUAGAUAGAAGAAAACUGUAUUCCAUCACCUGAAUAAUGUAAUAACUACACGUUUAUAAUCAUUUCCUCAUUUUUUUUAAUCUUUAACUACACAUCUCUAAUCAUUUCCUCAUUUUUUAAAUCUCUAACUACACGUUUCUAAUUAUUUCCUCAAUUUUUAAAUCUCUCAGUUUAAUUUUAUCUAAACAAACCUAUAUUCAUUCCGAAGAAUAUUUUCCAGUAGAAGCCAAAUUCCUCGAAAGCAAAUUAAAAUAUUUGUUUCGCCCUUUUUUUUUUAAUUCAGGGAUGCUUAUCCAUUGUUUUUGUUCGGAUAAGAUCCUUUUUUAUAGAUGAGGCAGAACACAUUAGUUUGGUGAUGAUGCUGGUCCAUGUUGCAUGGAAACAUCAGUCCAUGUUCGGGAGAUAAGUCUGUCCCUGAACAGAAUUAGUAUUAUUCUAUUGUUUUAAUGAUUAGAAUGUAAUAGUUGUAAUAUAGUACAAAUAAAAACACAAUUAACUGACA